AUGCUUCGCCCUAAACUGCUCUUCUUGCUGGGAUGCGCCCCACACCUUUUGACCGCAGUGCACGCGCAAUAUGGAUACGGCCCAAUCGGCAGCGCCUCCACCAGCGAUGCUCUGGCAGGAGCUGGCUUUAUAUUCGAAUACAGUGCCAUUGGAAUCGCCCUUGAAACUUUUUUUCUUGGUGUAUUCGCGGUCCUGGUUGUCUUCUCGACAUUUAUCAUUUUGCGCAGGGACUGGAAAUCGAGGGCGAACUUAGCGAUGCUCAUCACCACGCUGGUCAUGUUCGCAGCCUCAGUGAGCUACUGGGCCAUUUCCCUGACCAUUCUCGUCCGUGGCUUCCACGAUAUUCUCAUCAACAAUAACGGGCUGUCCAUCGACGAUCGACUCACCGCGGCGAACGUAAACGUGUCCAGAUUGUACCUCGCAGAAGUUUAUCUGCCCAUGGUCAAUUAUAUCUUGGGUGAUUCCGUUGUUGUGUGGCGAGCAUGGGUACUAUGGCCCCGAGGAAACCGAUGGAGGUGGUUCUUCUUACCUGUAUUCUUCUUGGUGUCAAGUGUUGCCUUGACCCUGCUGGUGGGCGCAUGGAAAGUGAAGGCGUUCUAUGCGGACACUGAUGCUCUGGAGUGGGACCUCAGCUAUACGCAGAUUGCGAGCUGGUCGCUCUCACUGGCUACGAAUGUGAUUGCGACACUACUCAUAUCUUGGAGAGCAUGGAAAAUGCGACAAUCUCUCAGAGAGUACGUCGGACGAUCUCAAAGUUCGUCAAGGGUUCAGAGAAUCCUGGCACUUCUCGUCGAGUCCGGAUUUUUGUACUGUCUGACCCAGAUUGCGUUGGUUGUCUCAUGGUUCAUCUUACUGCCUAAUACCACAGCAUGGGCCAGCGAUCUAUUUGGAGCGACGGCUGUCCAGCUUUCGGGCAUCUAUCCAACGGUCGUUAUUGUCCUCGUCAGCCUACAAAAAUCCCUCGAGGAAGCGACCCAUCCGAACAUGGCCAUUUCUCCCUCUGGCAAAGACCUCGAGAUCCAAGGCAUAGGGACGCAUGUCUCUUUCGCUGCUGCUCCUCAACUCUCUUCCAGCUACUCAGUUUCUGGAGUCGGCAAUGGAGACGGUCACAGUUCUGCAACCGAGAUAGAGGAGUGGAACAAGAACACAGGGACGUGAUAUUUGUACUUAUGACUACGGGGCGUGUGCACGUCUUGCGUAGAACAUGCCCAUGGAGUGUCGAAAGGUGGAGGUGACUCGUCAGAGAACUGUUCUGUAUUUAUAUAUGAUUUUA